AUGCAUCCUGAGGACCAAGCCCACACCUCCUUCAUCACGGAUCGUGGCCUUUACUACUAUAAAGUCAUGCCCUUCGGCCUCAAGAACAUCGAGGCCACAUAUCAGCGUCUAGUGAACAGCAUCUUCGCUCCCCUAAUUGGCAACACCAUGGAGGUUGAUGACAUGCUCUUCAAGAGUCACACUACUGACCAUCACAUCCCCAACCUCUCAGCCAUGUUCACCAUUCUGAAGCAGUAUAAGAUGAGGCUCAACCCCACCAAGUGUGCAUUUGGGGUGGCUUCAGGCGAAUUCCUUGGCUUCAUGAUCAGACAGAGGGGUAUUGAGGCCAAUCCAUAG